AGAGCCUACGGUGAAAGAAAAUCACCAUCACUGCCAACCGAAUCUCAGAACACUCGAUUAUAUAAGCUUUAUUACGUCUUGACUGUGAUUUAUCCCCCGCUGGUUCUUUGUGUCAAGACCACCUUACUUUCGAUCCUUGCGAGAAUCUUCACACUAUACCAGACGCAAGUCAUUGGUGUGUACUCAAUAUUUGCUGUUUUUGUUAUCUACUACACGAUCAUUUUUUUCAUCAAAGUCUUUAUUUGCAGUCCGAUUUCGUGUUUCUGGACCGAUGUCAACAACAGUAACCAUUGCUUGAAUAAAGCAGCGGUUAUCAUUGCUGAUGCAGUUAUGAGCGUUACGAGUGAUAUGGUGAUUCUGCUUCUGCCCCUGGCGCUUACAAUGCCAUUGAAUCUCCCGAGAACCAAAAAAUUGAAAGCAGCUCUGAUGCUGGGUUGUGGAGGUCUCGCAAUUGGGUUCAGUAUCUAUCGACUUAUCUUGGUGGUCAAUGAAAGAGGAAGCAUCUCCUUGCCGUCAGUUUUCAUGAGAGUUCUACUUUCUGGGUCAGAUUUGGGCUCAUCUGCUCCUGUGUCCCAGCUGUACAUAUCUUUUUGGCCCGCGGUGCGCAAAAAUAUUCCUCUCGCCGGUCGAAUGCGUCAUCUAGACGGGAAUGGAAACAGAUGA